AUGUCGGACGUCUGUUCCACGACAGAGUUGUCAGAGCUCAUGAUCCUCGUCAAAAUGUUGGCUCGUGCUCGUCUUCCGUAUCGGCCUCAACCGACGCCCUGGCACAUGGUCUUGGACUCUCUCUCGUGGCUCUGCGAUGACAAACGUGCCGGCAAGUCCGUCACUUCAAUCGGUGUCCAGCAGACUGGUGAGCGAAAGGUAUUCUUGCUUGCCAUCAACGAGGCUGAGCUGGAACGAGCGGGUGCGCAUCUCCAAAUGAUACUGCAAUUGCUUGCGAAAGACGCCGAUAGUAGUUGGGAAGGGGUCGAAGAUGACAUUAACGACCGAUGCGUUGCACGGAGCUUCGGCAAAAUUACGUUCUAUGCUCGUGUAUUGCACAAGUCGUUUGCUGCCGCACGGGAUAUUGUACGACACAGUCCAAAUCAGUAUCUGUCAGUGAUUCCGGCACACCCGUCUGUAAUCGCUAAGGUUGACACUCUUGUAGCCAGUCCAUUCUUGACGCAAUCGAACGAACAUUUGACGACAAUGAUCUUGCAAUACCUGCUCUUUGCGACAGAGCUUAUGCAUUCCGUCGAAGUCAGACUUGCUUUGCGCUGCGAGCGACUGCGAAGGACAGGCAUCAAGACAGGAUUUGGUCGCUGA